CUGCGACGCUGCUUCCUCGGCAAGUCAAACACGCAUCUCACCCUGCUACGGCACCAUCCACUGACUCUUACAUCAUUCCGAGCUUCUGGGAACUGUCGUGGUCAACAGAAAACUUCGCAAUUGAAAGUCGAAAUGGUAGCCCUCGACGACACAACCGAAGAGACUCGCUUCGAUAGCUUCAUCGUUCUUCGAACCAGCUACAAGACCAUCGGCUCCCACGAAAUCGAUGUUGGAAUCCUAAUACCCAAGAACCUCAAUCUCGAGAAGCACCCCCUGGUUGUAAAGUUCCACGGAGGCGGUCUGGUCAAUGGCGACUGUCUCUACGCGCCCUGGAUCUCCGCCUUCUGGGUACCAUUCCUCCACCGCAACUCCGCCAUAACCGUGCUCCCCAACUACCGUCUAACCCCAGAAGCCAGCGGUACCGAAAUCUUGGAAGACCUCUCUGAUUUUUGGGACUGGCUACUCAAAAAUCGAAAGUUGGACACUUAUCUGGCUUCGAAAGAUGUCCAACUUGAAAUCGAUUAUACGAAGCUCUUCGUCACCGGUGAUUCUGCCGGCGGAUACAUGGCACUACAGUCCGCAGUCCAGCGGCCUGAAGGCGAGAUCAAGGUGGUUCUUGCGCAGUAUCCCAUGACUAACGUAAGCCGCCGUACACCUGAUGAUCGACCAUUUGGCGUAGCGCCGCCGCCCAAGACGUGGUUGGACACAUAUAUCCAAAGCAUGAAACCAGGUGAUAUCCGCUCCUCGAGUGAUCCAACCACAGAUCAGAGUCGAAAGCCGCUAUCUAGCGCUUUGAAUGCGUAUCAGCGGUUCGAGGAGUUCUUCGGAACUGGGAAGUCACUUUGGCCGGUUACGGCGAUUGGCGAUGCGAAGAGUUGGCCCCCUACUACUAUCUUUCAUGGGCGUCAGGACUCGGCUGUGGCGUUUGAGGAUACUGAAGUGUUUGUGGAGAAGGUGAUGAAGAUGUUCAAGGAUACAGAGAUUAGGCUUGUGGCUAGGGACGGAGAUCAUGGGUUCGACAUGGAGACGAAAGAGGACGAAGAGGAGUGGCUCAAGCGAGAAUUACAGUGGGUUGAGAGCAAGUGGCUGGUUUGA